GGGCUGCGGGUGGGGGCGGACGCGUGCUGGCGGCGGCGGCCGCGCAGUCCCGGCCCAGCGCCCGCGGCGCCCCUGCUGCGGCCCGAGCGGCCUGGCUGCGGGAUCGGUGGAUAGCGAUGGCACGGCCGCGCCGGCAGCGCCCGGGGGCCUGGGCGCCGCUGCUCUUGCUGCUGCUGGCCGGGCCCGUCGCCUGUGCCGCCAGCCCCGCGGACGACGGCGCGGGCGCCGGGGGCCGGGGGCCCCGGGGCCGCGUGCGGGGGGACUCGGGCUCCGACGAGGCGGUGCCGCGCCACGACUCCUCCUACGGCACCUUCGCGGGGGAGUUCUACGACCUACGCUACCUGUCCGAGGAGGGUUACCCUUUCCCUACUGCUCCUCCUGUGGAUCCAUUUGCCAAAAUCAAAGUGGAUGACUGUGGAAAAACUAAGGGAUGCUUUAGAUAUGGCAAACCGGGCUGUAAUGCAGAGACCUGUGACUACUUCCUCAGCUACCGGAUGAUAGGGGCUGAUGUGGAAUUUGAGCUGAGUGCAGACACAGAUGGUUGGGUAGCAGUUGGAUUCUCUUCAGACAGGAAAAUGGGUGGUGACGACGUCAUGGCCUGCGUCCACGACGACAACGGCAGGGUGCGCGUACAGCACUUCUAUAACGUAGGCCAGUGGGCAAAGGAGAUUCAGAGAAACCCUGCCAGAGAUGAGGAAGGAGUUUUUGAGAAUAAUCGGGUCACCUGCAGAUUUAAACGGCCUGUGAACGUUCCCAGAGAUGAAACGAUUGUUGAUCUGCAUUUAAGUUGGUAUUAUCUGUUUGCUUGGGGUCCAGCCAUUCAGGGCUCCAUCACCCGACAUGAUAUAGACUCACCACCGACUUCAGAGCGUGUUGUCAGUAUUUACAAGUAUGAGGACAUUUUUAUGCCAUCAGCUGCCUAUCAGACCUUCUCCUCUCCAUUCUGUCUGCUUCUCAUUGUUGCCCUGACCUUCUACUUAUUGAUGGGAACCCCUUAACCACAGCUGCAAAGCCAACAGAUUCAAUGCAUUAUUAGAAAGUCUUUAGUAUAUUUUUAAAAAAUAUGCAGUAUAAUUUUAGCUUCUAUUAUGUACAAAAAAAAAAGACUUAUAUGAUUCAGCUUUCUGGAAGAAAGAGCAAGUUUCUUUUCUAAGCGAAGAGGAUUGUUUAAUAAUGACCCCAUACUUUGGGAAAGUACUUAAAACUUUUCUAAGCACUCACUUUCAAAUAUGUUUUCUUAUUUGAGCUUCCCAACAUCUCUGAGUUGGCUUGAUGAACAUUAUUAUUGCCAUCGUACUGAAUGGGAUUUGAGACCCAGGAAGCCUCCCUUUUUAUGACUCUCGUGCCAUGUAGCCUUGGCUACUUGGUCAGAUAACACAUAGCAAGGUAGAGAAAGCUAGGCAUAGAAACCAUGUCUCUAAACAACCUUUACUCUUCCAACUACAGCUCAAGAGUUACUUGGAGUAAUACUAAGGAGAACUUCACUGGAUGGCCCAAGUUCACAGUCAGCCUUUUAGGCAGAAGAACUUUCAAAUUUUCAUAAAGCAUGAAGGCAUUUGGAUACUUACACAGCUAAUGAGGAGAAUGAAGGAGAUAAUAGUGAUAUGAAAAUGAUUCAUAUUUAUUUGAAGUGUCUUCUGGAUUAGUAAGUAGCUAAAAGAACACAUUUUUUUUUGCUGCUUGGAAAGGUUAGAAAUGGAACUGUGAGUGUUCCUGAAGAUGUAAAAUUAUAUUAAUGAUAAAAAAAAAUAUGGGCAUUCUUAGAAGUUAGAAUUUGGACUCUACUACCACUGUAUUUAAUAAAUUAAGGUGUUUAUUUGUGGUUACAGCUAAUUCUGUUGUCAGUCACCAUAUAUUGAGUAUGAUUAAAUGUGUAUUAUAAUAGACAAAUCAUCUUGAAUAUUCAAGGCAUUUUGAUAAUAAAUUAACAUUUUUGGAGAUUGUGGAGAUUUGGAGUAGAAACAUUGUAAAGAUGACAUUUUUUUUUAAUGAGCAAAUGCGAAAUGACCCAUCAAGUGAAUUUACUUAGAGUAUCCAUUCAAAUGUUCAGACUGGUAAAUUGGAUUGGCAGUCAGCAUAAUUUAUAAUAAUGUCUUGACUUAAUGCAUUUUCUUUUUUCAAAGGAACCCAAAUGUUCCUUUAUUCCAACUGACUGAGUUAACAGCCCAUUUAGAGGAAAAGAGUCUCUGGGUAUAAUUAUGCUGCUGAGGCAUUUCCACUGUAGAGUUCUGGAGUCUUCUGGCUCCCCCGCAACUCCCCACCCCGUUGCUUUAAAGUUGGCUCCAACUUUGUGGUUUUUGUGAUUAACAACACUGGAGACUGUGAUUUCUAAUGCCAUCCUUGGAAUCCAUGUCAGAAGUGAAAGGCCACCUCUCCUAUGGGGGAAGCUUUCACAUUCUUCUGGCACUGAACAAAAAUAAGGAAAACAUCCAGAUUCUGUGACAUUUACUGCGUGCAUCCAAGGGAUGUAGGAGAAGCAAUCCUCAUUGCAGGUGGACAGAGGUGAAAUGACAUCAAGCGAGUGACGGAUUCAAACUCAAGUCAUCGGAUUCAAGUCCCUGGCUCCACCUGACUCAUAAUCAAGCCCUCCAGCCUUGGCUGAGGAUGGCCUGUGCAUCACCUUCUAAGGUACAGUGGUUGUGUAGCAGUGAGGACGCUGAGUAUGCAGGCACCCACGUUGUAAAUAAGAAAGCAAAUAUUUUUAUAUUUCACCCUCUCACGUGUAUAAUAUUUCCGCCAUAAAUAGGUUAAAACGAAAUCGAGACUUGAGCUAGUCUCUGUAGCAGGCAGGGAAGGAAUAAAUUAAGGAAUUUUCCUUCUGCUUACAUUUCAAGUCAAGCUAAUUGUUUCAUGAAUUGUUUUUCCUUGGAUUACCAGUUUUGCAUAUUUGUGCUUAGAACUUUCAAUGAUUUCUCAUUUCCAUUAGUGUGAAAUGCAAACCACUUUGUUUACCUCCAAUAUCAUCUUUUGUCACCACUCCUCACCUUGCUCUGUCCCAGCAAGACUGACUUGCUCUCAGUUCUUCAGACCUGCUUUCUCACCUCUCGUGACGUUCCCUGUGCCCAAACAUUCUCCACUUCCUGGGCUUGCUGAACUCCUAUGCACCUGUCAGGUCACAGAGUUAAGUAUUUCUUCCUCCAGCCCACUGGACUAAGUAUCAGUAGGUUCAGGUCCCUGCCAAAUGCUCCCAGAGCACACUCGGCUUCCCCAUUAUUUUACUCAUCACACUUUCCUGUAAUUGCUGGCUCGUCCUCCCUGCUAACUCCGUAAUGCAGGGACCAUUUCCUGUUACUGAUCCUUAUAACAGACACGACUGCAUAGUAGGUACCCAGCAAACAUUUGUUGAAUGAAUAAAUAAACGAAACUCUACUCCCAUGGCAAGUUUGGUCCAGAAAGCUUGUAUUCCAUAUACAUUGCUAGACUGGCCACCAUUUUUAUAUUCUUCGACCUGUGAUCACUCCUUUAGCAAACACUGAACUUUUGUCUCUUGAAACAUAAAUCGAAAGAUCUUUCGUAACAAUGCUGUUUUGCCCUGUAAAACAGAGUUGACGUUUUUAACAAUAAUCAUUGUUCAGAAAUGGGAAUUCAACAGACCAGGGGUGCAGAACAGCAUUUAACCGUCAUCCCAGAGAAUCAUCAAUUUAUAGACAUACUGAAGUUAAAACUCUGUAGACUCCAAUUUUAUUCGUUCUUACAUAAUGUAGGAGAAUCAACUUCUAUUUUAUCUCUGUAUUCCAUUUUCUAACAUAGUACUUGUUACAGGGGAGAAACCCAACCAGUGUGUUUUUGUAAAUGCCUAAGUAGAAUAAUAAUGUCUGCUAAAUGUAUUUAGUGCUUUUCUUAGCACUUUACAAGGAUUAACUCAUUUAAUCCUCACAACAACCAUAGGAAGUAGAUUCUAUUAUUAGUCCAAUUUUACGGAUGAAGAAACUGAGGCUAGGCAUUUGGCAUAAAUUACCAGUGUUGGCAAGGACUUUAGAUGCCAUUUUAUCCAAUGCACUUAUUUUAAAGAGGGGCAGCUGAGACCUAGGGAGGUGAUGUGAUUUCCAUCAUGCACAUUCAUUAAAACUUUUAUUAAAUGGAACCCACUUAUCCACACAAAUUAGCCAGGUGCUUUUUUUUCCCCUUUAGCAAUUUACAAUGAAUAGAAGGACUUUUUAUAGUUAUAUUUGGGGAAAGGGGUACACUUUACUUUCUAUCAGCUUUUUCUCUUCUUAAAAACAUUUUGAUUCUUUAUUUUACCAGUCAUUUUAGUGUGUUUAGUAGUUUUAAAAAAUAAUACACAGAUUGGACAAGACUAGAAUGUAUUUGUCCUAGUUAAUUUUUAAAAGUGACUUACCUAAAACCCAGGUCUUCUAACUUGGAGUCCAAUGCCCUUUUCUUGCUCCACUGUAGUCUCAAAGAUGAAUUUGCAAACAUGAUUUCAGACAAAAUGCAGGAGCCAUACUUAAUUAUCUUAAGUUGGCUUUUGUCAUCAAGGAAAUCGGAAAGUUUGGACAACUCAGGGAUGGAUUUCCAUCCCACAUAUUUUUUACUACUAUUUCUGUAAUUAAGUUUACAGUCUAUAUUCAGGAUUUUGUGCUUAAGAGGUAUUAUUCUUAGUUCUAGCCUAUGGGUCAGCAAAGUUUUUCUGUAAAGGUCUGGAUGGAUAAAUAUUUUAGGCUUUGCAGUCUCUUAGCUGUUCAACUCUGUUGCAGACAAUACGUAAACCAAUGAGCAUGGCUGUGUUCCAAUAAAACUUAAUUGACACAAAUUUGAAUUUUAUAUAACUUUUACAUGUCACAAAUAUUCUUCUUUAGAUUAAAAAUACUUUUUUAAUGUAAAAACCAUUCUUAGCUUGCAGACCAUACAGAAACAGGCAGCAGGUUGGGUUUGGCCUGUGGACUGUAGUUUUCCUACCCUUGCUCUCAGCUAAGAGGCACGCCCAGGUGUCAUGAUCAAUUGUAUAGGACACUGCGAGUAAUGUAUUAUAGUGUAUUACUGGUUAAUUGUAAAAAUAUCGACAUUAGUAAUUUGUUUGUAAAAUAAAUUAUAGUUGAUGGAUUGUUAUCUUGAUAAUGCAUUCCCAUUAGAAUUUGCAUUCUGUUUUCCAGAGUUGAUGUGAAAGAGGUGUCAGUAAAGUCAGAGCUGGGUAAGCUGCGGUUUUAUUUUAUCUAAGCUGUGCCAAUCGUGAACGACUUUCACUGUGUAGUUGCUCUUCAUGGUGUGGAUUACAGUUGAUCCUUAAACGUCGCAUGGGGUUAGGGGUACUGACCCUCUAGGCAGUGGAAAAUCCACCUAUGAUUUAUAGUAAGCCCUCCAUAAUAUGUGGUUCCCAUGUCCAUGGUUCCUCCUAUCCAUGGUCACAUGGUCUAAGGAUGCAACCAACCUUACUACAUGUAACACUGCAGUAUUUACUAUUGAAAAAAAUCCAUGUAUAAGUGGACCUGCACAAUUCAAACUUAUGUUGUUCAAGGGUCAACUGUACAAUGUUCAGACUAGUUUAUUUUCCUCUAGACAAUUUUUAAGUAUUAUCUAAAUCUGUUACAUCCACGGGAUGGGAGUGUUUUACUCAUGUGACUGUGGCAUCACCUUGGGUAUCAUAAUGGAAACAUGUUUGAGAACCACCGCAAUAGGGCAAAUGCUGAGAUGUGAAUACUUUGCUGUAUAUAACUGUACUGUUCUCUAAACAGGAUUGGUUAUGUUUAGUGAACAGUUUGAUUAUUCUCAGUGUGUUUGUAUAUAUAUUUGUACAUACAUGAUGAGGUCUGUAUGUGUUUAUACAUAAAUGCCUAUAUAUACACAUACCAUGGCCAUUUGAAGGUCUUUGUCAGAAUUUUUUCUGUUUCUGAUCUUGUAAAUACUUUAAAACCCAAGAGAUAUAACAUUGUAUGUAUUACAGGCCAAACUACCCUUAAGUUUAUAGUAAUUUCGUUUGCAGAAAGGGUUCCUGGAUCCGUUAUUAAACCUUGCCUCCUCCGUUCAACAUUCUGUGACUUGUUAAGAACAUAUAAAAUAAAGUAUCAUUGUUGAGUUUGACUUUUCUACACUGUUAGUUAAGAAACUAAGCCUAGUGUGAACUGAGUCAAUGGCAUGUAGGUGCAACCUAUCCAUGUUUUAUAUUUAAUUAGAUUUCUUGUUCAGUUAAUCAGUUAUUGUUUCAAGCUGUACCUGGUGGUUUUCAUAUUUAAUAGAUAAAUAUAAAUUCCUUUUCAUGAAAAUAGUGGCUAUUAACAUGAUUUUAAAUGUGACUAAAGAUUUAAGUGAACCAUCAAGCGCUUUGGGGUUUUUCACUUAAAGUAUGCUGAUAUUCAACUAAUGUUUUCUGUUUUCCCCUGGAUAUUGGCUAUUAGGCAAAUAGCUGUUCUCUUCUAUUCUUCUGGAGAGCCAUGGAUUCUCUAGGGUUACGGGGUACGUGGUGGUUGUGCCAUUCACUCAGAUCACUAAAGCCGUUACCAUUUCAUCACACAGAAUGUCCUGACCACCUGGAAGAGUAAAUGCACCUUCUCCACAUGCCUUAUUCCUCCAGAUGCGCUCAUAUGCUGGAACAAUCUGGCUCCAGGAGUAUUAAUAUACUUUUUUGCGACUGUCUGUAAAAUACUAUUUUGUAAGAACUAUGCCUUUAGAGGGACAUUGAUGGGUUGUAUUUGUUUUAUAAUAAUUGUGUACCUAAUGUUCAACUGUGGUUGAUUUUGAGAUUUAUGUAUAUUUAUAAGCCUGUCCUACAUGGAUUUUUACUCUAUGAUAUGUGGUACCUUACUAAUAAAGACAUGGAUUUCUAUUUAUGUAAAGUAAUUGUAGCAAUAUUCCUAGAUGCUACCUAAAUGAUUGUUCUGCCCAUCUGCCGUCACAAAUACUUCUAUCUUUAGAGGGCUAUGUUAGAGUUAGACUAUAUUAACUAGAUUUAAAUUUUAAAAUAUAAAUUCUCAACAUGGUUUGAAAUUCUUCCUGUUGAUGUUAUUAAAGUUUAUAAUUCUUUAUUGAUUUA